GAUGACGUAGAUCUCACGUGACCAAGAGCUGACGUGUGCAGAAGUCCUUCUUGUUCUGGUCCUUGUUCCCGUCUGAGUACCAGCUCCCCAUUGCCCUGAGGGCCAGCGGGCCUGCGGCAGAGGGAAGGAGGAGAAGAAGGAAAUUGUCCCGGAUUCUUGCAGGGGGUCCGAGCCUCUUCUGGGUUGCCAGUCUUUCCGUAGGUUGUGGCACUACGCCAGGCAAGAGAAGAGGAAGGAAAUUAACCCCAAUCGGUGAAGGUCGAUUUGAGGGUCUGCUGUAGCAGGUGGCACCACUUGAAGAGAGGGAGGAAGUUUCCUCGGAUCAGUAGAGAUUAGGAGGGUUGUUGGGCGUGGCACACCUCUAGGGGAGGGAAGAAGGGACAAACUGCCUGUCUGGAGGAGGUCCACCUCCAGUAUCAGCUACUGUGGCCUUGACGUGGCUGAAGACGAUCACCUUCCACAGGCCUGCACGCAGGCCCAUAGCCCUCCUCUCCCAGCCUGACUGAAUACUCUGUUCCUUGGUCCCUGCUAUUGUCAGGGACGAUUGCAUGGGCUACGCCAGGAAAGUAGGCUGGGUGACUGCGGGACUGGUGAUUGGCGCUGGAGCCUGCUAUUGCAUUUAUAGACUGACCCGGGGAAGAAAACAGAACAAGGAGAAAAUGGCUGAGGGUGGGUCUGGGGAUGUUGAUGAUGUUGGGGACUGCCCUGGGGCCCGGUACAAUGACUGGUCUGAUGACGAUGAUGACAGCAGUGAGAACAAGGGUAUAGUGUGGUACCCACCUUGGGCCCGGAUUGGGACUGAGGCCGGAACCAGAGCACGGGCCAGAGCAAGGGCCAGAGCUACCCGGGCUCGCCGGGCUGUUCAGAAACGGGCUUCCCCCAAUUCAGACGAUACUAUUUUGUCCCCUCAGGAGCUGCAGAAAGUUCUUUGCUUGGUGGAGAUGUCUGAAAAACCUUAUAUUCUUGAAGCAGCUUUAAUUGCUCUGGGUAACAAUGCUGCUUAUGCAUUUAACAGAGAUAUUAUUCGUGAUCUGGGUGGUCUCCCAAUUGUAGCAAAGAUUCUCAACACUCGGGAUCCCAUAGUUAAGGAAAAGGCUUUAAUUGUCCUGAAUAACUUGAGUGUGAAUGCUGAAAAUCAGCGCAGGCUUAAGAUAUACAUGAAUCAAGUGUGUGAUGACACAAUCACUUCUCGCUUGAACUCAUCGGUGCAGCUGGCUGGACUAAGAUUGCUUACAAAUAUGACUGUUACUAAUGAGUAUCAGCACAUGCUUGCUAAUUCCAUUUCAGACUUUUUUCGUUUAUUUUCAGCGGGAAACGAAGAAACCAAAUUUCAGGUUUUGAAACUCCUUUUGAAUUUGGCUGAAAAUCCAGCCAUGGCUAGAGAACUGCUCAGGGCCCAAGUGCCAUCUUCGCUUGGUUCCCUCUUUAACAAGAAGGAGAACAAAGAGGUUAUUCUUAAACUUCUGGUCAUAUUUGAGAACAUAAAUGACAAUUUUAAAUGGGAAGAAAAUGAACCUACUCAGAAUGCAUUCAGCGAAGGUUCACUGUUUUUCUUUCUAAAAGAAUUUCAAGUGUGUGCUGACAAGAUUCUGGGGAUAGAAAGUCACCAUGAUUUUUUGGUGAAAGUAAAGGUUGGAAAAUUCAUGGCCAAACUGGCUGAGCAUAUGUUCCCAAAGACCCAGGAAUAACUUCUUGUUUGUAGUUUAGAAGCGACACACAUUGUAAACUAUUCCUUUUUCUCCACCUUGUUUAUAUGGUAAAGGAACCCUUUCAGCUGCCAAUUUUGAGUGAUGAAUAUCAUUGUAUCAUCAAUGCUGAUGUUUAGCUGAGUUGGUUUUCAGGUCUAAGCUGGGUGAAUGAAUAUCACUACCUGUUCUGAAAACAUGUUUGUUGCUUUUUAUCCCGCUACGUAGAUUGAAAUAUUUCUACUAUUUCUUUUGCGUGACAGUGAACCAGUUGGUCAUAAGUAAGCUCCCUCCUGUCAUUUGCAUUAACUUUGUGUAUCAUCAAUAAAGUUGUGUGUUAAUGUUGAAAAAGAAAGAAAGAAAAAAGAAA